GAAUCUCUUGACGAGAAACUAUGGGCAAGGAGAAACGAGCAUGUUGAAAUCUAUAGUCAAGAGCAGCUGCUGUACCUGGAAAAAGGAAUCGGACAACCUCAACCAUCAGUUUCUCAGGAGUUGUCUGAAAUUGUAUCUUAAUUUGAUCACUUUUGUUGCUGAGAAUUUUCCUACACCUUAGGAAAUGCAGAUGAACUUAGUGAUUUACAUAAAUUCACUGAAAAUACACACUAACACACUGUUAUAUAAACAGUAUUGCACUUUUCAUGUAGCCUACUUUUGGCCAGCUAAUAACUACAGAUAUUUUUUUUGCUCUGACCAAUAUAGUUCACAUUAAGAUCCUACAUCUGUAGGUUAUGGAAGUUCACAUUCACCUGUGCCCUCAUGCAGUCUUCAGAUGUGUAUCAAAGUUGAUGUGGGUGGGAACGCUUCUAGCUAUGGUGUACAUUGGCGUGCGGGCUCGCCUCAUGUAUGCACGCAUGCAUCAGUCAGUCUCACGAAUGCUCAUGGAAAUUCUGGUUUGUUUUGUCAGGGAGUGCCUCUUGCAUAUCCCUUGCACUUUGGACCAAAUAUAGAAUAUCUCCACUAAACAACUGUUUUCUACACUUGCUGUAUCCUUUUGUCAAUUAAAUAGAUUGUAUCACCCCUCUUGCUGUUUGUUACCUUGCAUUAUUAUUAUUAUCAUUAUAACUUUGUAAGCUACUUUUUUCUUCUUUUUUUCACCUUUAUUUAACCAGGUAGGCCAGUUGAGAACAAGUUCUCAUUUACAACUGCGACCUGACCAAGAUAAAGCAAAGCAGUGUGACACAAACAACACAGAGUUACACAUGGGAUAAACAAAUGUACAGUCAAUAACACAAUAGAAAAGUCUAUACAGUGUGCGCAAAUGUAGUAAGAUUAGGGAGGUAAUGCAAUAAAUAGGUCAUAGUGGUGAAAUAAUUACAAUUUAGCAAUUAAACACUGGAGUGAUAGAUGUGCAGAAGAUACAUGUGCAAGUAGAGACACUGGGGUGCAAAGGAGCAACAACAACAAAAAAUAACAUGGGGAUGAGAUAGUUGGGUGGGCUAUUUACAGAUGGGCUAUGUACAGGUAUAGUGAUCGGUAAGCUGCUCUGACAGCUGAUGCUUAGAGUUAGUGAGGGAGAUAUGUCUCCAGCUUCAGUGAUUUUUGCAAUUCAUUCCAGUCAUUGGUAACAGAGAACUGGAAGGAAAGGCGGCCAAAGUAGGAGUUGGCUUUGGGGGUGACCAGUGAAAUAUACCCCUGCUGGAGCACGUGGUACGGGUGGGUGCUGCUAUGGUGUCCAAUGAGCUGAGAUAAGGCAGGGCUUUACCUAGCAGACUUAUAGAUGACCUGGAGCCAGUGGGUUUGGCGACGAAUAUGAAGCGAGGGCCAGCCAACGAGAGCAUACAGGUCACAGUGGUGGGUAGUAUAUAGGGCUUUGGUGACAAAACGGAUGGCACUGUGAUAGACUACAUCCAAUUUGCUGAGUAGAGUGUUAUGAGUGUUGUAAAUGUGUGAGUGUUGUAAAUGACAUCGCCAAAGUCAAGGAUCACUAGGAUAGUCAGUUUUACGAGGGUAUUUUUGGCAGCGUGAUUGAAGGAUGCUUUGUUGCGAAAUAGGAAGCCGAUUCUAGAUAUAAUUUUGGAUUGUAGAUGCUUAAUGUGAGUCUGGAAGGAGUGUUUACAGUCUAACCAGAGACCUAGGUAUUUGUAGUUGUCCACAUAUUCUAAGUCAGAACCGUCCAGAGUAGUGAUGCUCGGUUGAAAGGCAUUAAUUUAGUUUUGCUUGCAUUUAAGAGCAGUUGGAGGCCACGGAAGGAGUGUUGUAUGGCAUGGAAGCUCGUCUGCAGGUUAGUUAGCACAGUGUCCAAAGAGGGGCCAGAAGUAUACAGAAUGGUGUCGUCUGCGUAGAGGUGGAUCAGAGAAUCACCAGCAGCAAGAGCAACAUCAUUGAUACAGAGAAACCCAAGUCAUGUCUCACUUUACUCUUGUAUAACAGUCAUCAUAAUUUGACAUAGCAUAUUUUAUAAAUCCUACUGUAUAUAAAACAUCUCAAAGAGUUUUUAAUUGCUUUUUUCACCUUCAACUUUAUUUACUACUUGUUCUUUUUGACUUUUUAUUUGGCAUUUGAUUCUUGAUUGAUAUUGAUAUUGUACUUAAUUGUCGAGGAGAGUUAGCGAGUAAGCGUUUCACUACUGUUUACACCUGUAUCCAAUAAACUUUGAUUUGAUUUUGAUACAAUCAUCAUAGUCUCUAGUAAAAUAUAUAUAUUUUUACUUGAUGAAUUUGUUCCGAAUUUAAAUAUCAACAACAAUUUGAUGGGGAAACAGAUUUAUUUUAUUUUAUUUGUCUUUUUUCAAAAUGUUAUGAAAUGCUGAUGGACUGUUUCAUAAUUUUCAUAAUCUGGCGUUAUGAAACUAAUUAUGACUUGAUUGAUGAUUUCCGACUGUAACUGGGAAGUAUUUACUUUCUUAUACAUUAUACCCUCCCUUUUCUCUUAUCAGUUAAGCCCAUGUUUACACAACCACAUAAAAAGCAAACCAGAAAUAAGUCACAAACACACACACCACGGGUACAAAUACGCACCUUGGGUCCCUCCUUGUCUUGGCUACUGAGAUACGUGAUGUCGUGAGAGAGCUGUCUGUUGAAUCUGACAAUUAAUCUUAAUGGUUGAAUAGUCGUCUCAAAUAAAACUGUGAAGGACCUCGACGUUACUCUGGUACCCUGAUCUCUCUUUUGACGAACGUAUCAAGACUUUUUCAAGGACAGCUUUUUUCCAUCUACGUAACAUUGCAAAAAUCAGAAACUUUCUGUCCAAAAAUGAUGCAGAAAAAUUCAUCCAUGCUUUUGUCACUUUUAGGUUAGACUACUGCAAUGCUCUACUUUCCAGCUACUCAGAUAAAGCACUAAAUAAACUUCUGUUAGUGCUAAAUACGUCUGCUAGAAUCCUGACUAGAACCAAAACAUUUGAUCAUAUUACUCCAGUGCUAGCCUCCCUACACUGGCUUCCUGUCAAGGCAAGGGCUGAUUUCAAGGUUUUACUGCUAACCUACAAAGCAUUACAUGGGCUUGCUCCUACCUAUCUCUCUGAUUUGGUCCUGCCGUACAUACCUACACGUACGCUACGGUCACAAGACGCAGGCCUCCUAAUUGUCCCUAGAAUUUCUAAGCAAACAGCUGGAGGCAGAGCUUUCUCCUAUAGAGCUCCAUUUUUAUGGAAUGGUCUGCCUACCCAUGUGAGAGACGCAGACUCGGUCUCAACCUUUAAGUCUUUACUGAAGACUCAUCUCUUCAGUUGGUCAUAUGAUUGAGUGUAGUCUAGCCCAGGAGUGUGAAGGUGAACGGAAAGGCUCUGGAGCAACCGCCCUUGCUGUCUCUGCCUGGCUGGUUCCCCUCUUUCCACUGGGAUUCUCUGCCUCUAACCCUAUUACAGGGGCUGAGUCCCUAGGAGGGGUGCGUCACUUGAGUGGGUUGAGUCACUGAUGUGAUCUUCCUGUCUGGGUUGGUGCCGUGGCGGAGAUCUUUGUGGGCUAUAAGUGGCCUUGUUUCAGGAUGGUAAAUUGGUGAUUGAAGAUAUCCCUCUAGUGGUGUGGGGGCUGUGCUUCGGCAAAGUGGGUGGAGUUAUAUCCUUCCUGUUUGGCCCUGUCCGGGGAUAUCAUCGGAUGGGGCCACAGUGUCUCCUGACCCCUCCUGUCUCAGCCUCCAGUAUUUAUGCUGCAGUAGUUUAUGUGUCGGGGGGCUAGGGUCAGUUUGUUAUAUCUGGAGUACUUCUCCUGUCUUAUUCGUUGUCCUGUGUGAAUUUAAGUAUGCUCUCUCUAAUCCUCUCUUUCUUUCUCUCUCUCUCUCUCUCUCGGAGGACCUGAGCCCUCGGACCAUGCCUCAAGACUACCUGGCAUGAUGACUCCUUGCUGUCCCCAGUCCACCUGGCCGUGCUGCUGCUCCAGUUUCAACUGUUCUGCCUGCGGCUAUGGAAUCCUGACCUGUUCACCGGACGUGCUACCUGUCCCAGACCUGCUGUUUUCAACUCUCUAGAGACAGCAGGAGUGAUAGAGAUACUCUUAAUGAUCGGCUAUGAAAAGCCAACUGACAUUUACUCCUGAGGUGUUGACUUGCUGCACCCUUGACAACUACUGUGAUUAUUAGUAUUUGAUCAUGCUGGUCAUUUAUGAACAUUUGAACAUCUUGGCCAUGUUCUGUUGUAAUCUCCACCUGGCACAGCCAGAAGAGGACUGGCCACCCCUCAUAGCCUGGUUCCUCUCUAGGUUUCUUCCUAGGUUUUGGCCUUUCUAGGGAGUUUUUCCUAGCCACCGUGCUUCUACACCUGCAUUGCUUGCUGUUUGGCGUUUUAGGCUGGGUUUCUGUACAGCACUUUGAGAUAUCAGCUGAUGUACGAAGGGCUAUAUAAAUACAUUUGAUUUGAUUCAUAAUGCCGACAAACUGGUGACUCCAGCUCUCUCUGCUUGUUUUCUCAAUGUGUAUUAGCAUGAAUUGUCAUCCGUCACCUUUCCUCUUCUCUAAGCAAAGUAUGAGGUGUUACCCAGAGUCAACAUAGUUGGGCCUUUGCCAUUACUAGUUUAUGGUGUUGACUGUGAAGGACUGCGUUCCAGACAUAUUUUACAUAUAUUGGUAUGUGAUACUCUGGAUGUGUUUGUUUAGGAAGUGUAGAAUAGAAAUAUGUUGUUUUGUCUUUAUGAAAGAUAUAAUUGAGUAUGUGUGUGAUUACUGAAAUGUUUUGAAGUGAUUGCUUCCCAGCAGCAAAUGUUAGAGGGUGCAGGGAAAUGCUUGUGUUACUAUAGCGCCUAACAAUGCAGCAAAAAUGUCUCACAAGUAGGUCUACAUAAAUAAUCAUAAAAAACAAGAAAUCACGACCGUCAGAACGAAUCCAGUUGACAACUCAAAUAACACUGUAUAAGUAAUCCAAAUGCAAUAUUUGCCUAUAUACACCAAAAAUAUAUAGACUACUUAGAAUGAUAUGUAGAGACCUACAGCAGUCAGGGGGACAGGAAAACUUGUGGCGAGGGGGAGGCGGUAUUUGUCACAGCACUUUUUAAUCAAGUGUAGAAGCAACUGAUUUAGUUUAAUAAAAUAUAUCGACGCUUAGUAUUCAAAAGAUUUGUCAACUCGCAGAACAUUUUUAUGUCCUUCAUAUCGGAGUGCUGCUGCAGCGCUUUGCGUGUCUUGAUUCACGAAAAUCGCAGGUCGCGCGAUAGCUCAAGGCGCGCUCUCUAAUUUCCUCUGGUAUUUAAGCAAGCUUGAUAACACAUCACUCCCCCGACACAAGCAAAAACUGUUACAUAAAUGUCGACACAAGAAAAAACGUUUACAAAAAUGUAGAAUUCUUAAUACCUAAACAUUAGCGAUCUGACAUGACGUAUUGCAUGGAAACGAUACUAUUUUUCGGUCUGAUCAACUCUAGAUUGGGCUACUAACAGCAGCAUCUGUUAGCCUACUAUGCGCCCUGUCCCUCUUGCCAGGGUAAACGAAGCGGUUUUAAACGUUGUAUAUGUAUAGCCCAUUUGUUUGUGAGAACGUGAAUGGGAUUACAUGUGGUUUAUAUUAAAACCUGGGCUGACUAGGCUAUCUAUACUUUUUCGAUCCAAAAUGAUUAACGGGAAUGAAUAAACACAAUAGCUGUUAUAGACUGAGUACAUUUUUAAUUAGGCCUACCAUUGGGCAGUACAACACGAUUCAAACCUGCACAAAGCAAGCUCAGCCAUGUGCGUUUUAUUAUCCAAUCAUGUUGCUUUCUCUGUGUCUGUGUCUAGGAACCCCCCUAGUCCUUUAAAACGUAAUUCAUAUAUAAUUUAUAUGAACAAAUACAAGGUUGCUGUAGUUUGACAGAGUUUCCAUCAUCGUCAAGGCCAGGAGUUAAAAAACAACAACAUUUGACAUGAUUAGGAAAACUCUGGUCCCAUCAUAGCCCAUAUGAAACCUUUUUACAACAGAUUAAUUACGUCAUACCAUUUAAGGUCCGGAGUUUUACCUGAUUAGGUUACCAGAUCAGGUACAACUACGGGCCUCAGAAUUGUAUUAUAUUUUUGCCACGCUACUUUGGGACCUGUGGUGUCACCUCGGACAGCAGUAGAUACAGUGAGCUAUGUCGAGAAUCCAAUGUAUAAAUAAUAAACAGUGUAACAAAAUGCAAUCAAUGUAAAGCAAUAGCCCGAGAUAUAUUCAAAUGAGCUAUGUUAAGAAUACAGUAGGCCUAUGUGAAUACACAGUGUGACAAACAGUAUAAAUAUAGUCAUUUUUAUACAGUCGUUUCAAUUUAUCUAAUUUUCUAUUGAAAUCCACUUAAAUUAAAUGUAAUUCAUAGUCCUGAAAUAUCAGUUUGGAGAUGAUCUCAAUCAUUGGGGUUGUGCUCUAGAUACGAAUGAGAGCAAUUGAAAGAUAGUUUUUUUGUGUGAAAAUGAGGCAAUAAUUAAGAAUUGCUUAUUUGCCCAUGCUUAUUUGCCAAUGUCCUGGUUGAACCAUUCAUGCACACGCUUUGCACAAUUUAACAGCAUGGCUCGGUUUGGGAGGCGCCCAUACUGUCAUAGGAAAGAUCUCAAGUAUAUAUCCUCGCGUCCUCUCUCCUCGCCUCCUUCUCAAAACCCAUUGGAUGAGAAAGCCAGAGGUCCCGCCCCUCUGACCUUCUCCUCCAAUGGGUUUUGAGAAGGAGACCGAGGAGAGAUGACGCGAAGAGUAUCUAUUGAGAUUUCUCCAUAGCCGCUUCUCUUAUUCAACACCGGUAGUAUAAAUUCAUUGGCCAAAGCGGAUCGUUGGUCAAACGCGUGGUUUGGUUCGGUCUUUUCUAGUACAAGACUGGAGAGGACUGUAGAAAUUUCAAAGUUUACAGGCGGGUCUCACCCCUGCAGAUAAUGACCGAUCGAGCCAAUCACAUCAGCGUCGCCAUGACUGAAGACGUCACGUCCACCAACGGGACGCCCAGGACCAAGGUCAUAACCAGCAGCACCAUGGUGGAGCUGAACAAGCUGCAGCCCCGGGGCUCCACGGUCAGCUUCCACAGCAUCCAGUACAAGGUGAAGCUGAAGACUGGACCGCUCUGCAAGAGGAAGAACACUGCCAGGGAGAUACUGGUGGACCUCAAUGGCAUCAUGAGACCGGGUCUAAAUGCUAUUCUAGGACCCACUGGAAGUGGAAAGUCCUCGUUCCUGGACGUUCUAGCAGCCAGGAAGGACCCUUCUGGUCUCUCAGGGGAGGUGCUGAUCGACGGGGCGCCACAACCACCCAACUUCAAGUGCCUCUCCGGCUAUGUUGUCCAGGACGACGUGGUGAUGGGGACUCUGACAGUGAGGGAGAACCUGCGAUUCUCUGCAGCGCUGCGUCUGCCCCGCUCCGUGCCCCAGAAAGAGAAGGACGCCAGGGUCAACGACCUCAUCACCGAGCUAGGCCUGACCAAGGUGGCUGACGCUAAGGUUGGUACCCAGAUGAUCCGGGGGAUUUCUGGAGGGGAGAGGAAGAGGACCAACAUCGGCAUGGAGCUCAUCAUCGACCCCUCUGUUCUCUUCUUGGAUGAACCCACCACGGGCCUGGACGCUAGCACCGCUAACUCUGUCCUGCUGCUGCUCAAAAGAAUGGCCAAUCAGGGACGCACCAUCAUCAUGUCCAUCCACCAACCGCGUUACUCCAUCUACCGGCUGUUCGACUCCCUGACCCUGCUAGUUAGCGGCAAACAGGUGUACCAUGGGCCGGCCCAGAAUGCACUGGACUAUUUCGCCGACAUAGGUUACGCCUGCGAGGCCCACAACAACCCAGCCGACUUCUUCCUAGACGUCAUCAACGGAGACUCUACUGCCACUGCUAUGAACAAGAUUCAGGGAGAAGACAUUGACUUUGAGGAGCUGAGUGGCUCCAGGCAGACCAUCGAGGAGCGUCUAGUGGAGGAGUACAGGAACUGCUCCUACUUCAGAGACACCCAGGUCGAGCUGGAGAGGAUCACCCAGGGAAAGCAGUACACCACCAAGCCCACGUCCCGUACCAUCACCUACAACAGCUCCUUCUUCACCCAGCUCCACUGGGUCCUAGGCAGAACCUUCCGGAACCUAGCGCUGAACCCCCAGACCUCCGUCGCACAGCUGGGAGUCACCAUUUUUCUGGCUCUUAUUGUGGGUGCCAUUUUCUUCGGGGUGAAGGACAACCAGAGUGGAAUACAGAACAGGAUUGGUGCUCUUUUCUUCAUCACCACCAACCAAUGUUUCAGCACGCUGUCCGCUGCAGAACUCUUCAUCACAGAGAGGAAGCUGUUUGUCCAUGAGUACAUCAGCGGGUACUACAGAGUCUCAGUCUACUUCCUGUCCAAGAUCCUGUCUGACAUCAUCACCCUGCGCACCAUCCCCGCCAUCGUCUUCAGCUGCGUGGCCUACUUCAUGAUAGGUUUUAAAACCACUCCAGCAGCCUUCUUCAUCUUCAUGUUCACCGUAACCCUGGUAGCCUACACAGCCACCGCCAUGACCAUGGCCAUCUCUGCCGACCAGAGUGUGGUGGCAAUGGCCAACAUCUUCAUGACCAUUAGCUUCGUCUUCAUGAUGAUCUUCUCAGGUCUGCUGGUGAACCUGCCCAGUAUCAUGAACUGGCUGGCCUGGUUGAAGUACCUCAGUAUCCCUCGCUACGGUCUAACAGCCCUGGAGAUCAACGAGUUUGUGGGGCUGAAGUUCUGUGAGGACCCUGCCGUUCGCACCACCAUGUCUCCUGGCUCUGGCAUGAUGACCAACUGCAGUAUGAACACUACUCACACUCUCGGGAUAACGUGCACAGGGGAACAAUACCUGGACUACCUAGGAAUAGAAUACACUACAUGGGGCCUAUGGGAAAACCACGUUGCCUUGGCAAUAAUGACACUCAUUUUCCUGGUCAUCGCCUAUCUGAAGCUGCGGUUUAUUAAGAAGUUCACAUAAGAAGUGUCUUACUUUGCCUUACAAUUCACUCCUCUGUGGUUAUAUCAAUGACAAACUGCCCGUAGUUUCUCUCAACAUACAUAUGUUAUAACAUGAAGCAGUGUGCCUAUGGUUUGCACUGAGACAGGUUAAAUGGGUAGUUCAACCAAAUUACAUAUUCAUUUCCUGCACAAGUGGAGACUGCAAUCCAUGCUUUGGCUUUGCUGAACUAGCUACACUAGCACUGUAAAUGAGUAAUUUGGCUGAACUGUCACUCUAACGUUCAAUAUCUAUGCAUGAAUGUACAUUUUCACCACAUGAAUAUUAAUGUGGAAUCUUUGCCCUCCAGUAGUCAUUGUUCUCAUGUUGACUGCUGUGUUUAUUUGGUAGCAUUUGUUCCAGUCUAGUACGAGACUGUCUUGGUAUUUAGUUAAUCGUUUCUAUUUAUAGAGGAACUGAACUCAUUUAUUUGAAAAAAUUCUGAUGUUGAAUUAUGUAAAAAUUAUGAAUGACUUUUAUUAGUGCAUUUUUUGUGUGUAAUCAUUGAAUUGUUUGUUUCUAUUGUGUUUAUUACCUUUUUAUCUAUACUAGUUUUUUGGAAACAAUGCUUUUAUAAAAAUGUUCAUGUAA